CCCUGUAGGGAGCCGAUGGGGCCUGGUGGUAUUAAAGCAAUGUCGCGGGCUUAUGACGUCCUCUUUCCCCGCUACCCGAGAGGAGGUUUUGAACUUUAAGUCCAACAUCCACUAAAAUCAACAAUGGCCGAGGAAGGCGUUGCCGCUGGAGGUGUCAUGGAUGUCAACACCGCUCUCCCUGAAGUGCUGAAGACCGCACUCAUCCACGAUGGCCUCGCCCGUGGGAUCCGUGAGGCUGCCAAGGCCUUGGACAAGCGUCAGGCCCAUCUCUGCGCACUUGCGGCCAACUGCGACGAGCCCAUGUACGUCAAGCUGGUGGAGGCCCUCUGCGCCGAGCAUCAGAUCAACCUGAUAAAGGUUGAUGACAACAAGAAACUCGGGGAGUGGGUCGGUCUGUGCAAGAUCGACCGUGAGGGCAAACCCCGCAAGGUGGUGGGCUGCAGCUGUGUCGUGGUCAAGGACUAUGGCAAGGAGUCUCAAGCCAAGGAUGUGAUUGAAGAAUACUUCAAAGGCAAGAAAUAAGGUGUCAAUAAAAUUUGGAAAUUAA